UUGUCAGACAGUUUGUUGGUGUGGAUCAGUCAGUGAUGCCUGGACACCAGACACUGAUUUAAUCUCUAUGAUAAGUUGAAACAGGUGGGAAUAGUCAUCUCUACAUGGGAACAUUUAAAAUAGUCUCUGGGACAGCAUUCACUCCUUCUUUGCAUGAUAGAUCAUCAGCUGACUUCAAAAUCCUUGCCUUUGAUGUUGAACAGAUGAUACAAGAAAUUUUUCAAGCAAGUAUUCUGACAAAUGAAUUUGAGAGAUGUGAAAUUUUCCAGUUCAAGAAGCCUGAAGAAGGUCGUGAAAACUUCAAGUCUCAAACUGGUGUUGUUGUGAUCUUCAACCUGUAUCUUACCCAGAGGGUAACGGUUGAGAAAAUAAAAAAUGAGUUGCUUUUGAGUAUUGACGCAAAUACAACUGAUCUUGUUCAGACUUUGAAAAUUGAUGUGAACAGCAUACAAAUCACAGAGUUUGCUGAAAAUCUUACUACAAUAUUGCCUUUAACUUCAUCAGCUGCAGUUUGUGAUGGAAAAUACAUGCUGACUGAUUCUUCUGGGUCUUUCCACUCUAUGAAUUAUCCAAAACCAUAUAAUGCAAAUAUUGUUUGCCGAUGGAUUAUACUAGUGCCUCAAGGGUUGUCGAUUAAACUGAACUUCACUUCUUUUGAGACACAACAAUUUGUAGACAAUCUAGAUAUUUUUGAAGGUAUAGGACAAAACAAGACUUUAAGAGCUUCUCUCUCAGGGUCUAAUGCUGAGACAGUAUAUAUUUUUUCUCACGAGGCUACAGCUGAGUUUAUAUCUGAUUAUUCUGAAAAUUACAAUGGCUUUAAUGCAACGUAUUCUGCAUUUAAUGCAAAUGAGCUAAACAAUUAUGAGAAAAUCUAUUGCACUUUUGAAGAUGGCUUUUGUUAUUGGAGGCAAGAUUUGGAUGAUGAUUCAGACUGGGAGAGAAUUCAGGGCCCUACCUUUCCCCUUAUGAGUGGUCCUGAUUUUGAUCAUACAUUUGGCAACAUGUCAGGAUUUUAUAUUUCAACACCCAUAGGACUUGGAUUCAGAGAAGAGAGAGUCCGGAUUCAGAGUUUGCCUUUGGUCUCUUCAGAUCCAUCUUGUCUAAGCUUUUGGUAUUACAUGUACAGUCCUAAUGUUUACCGUUUAAGUGUUAGCAUAAGUGAUGAACAAGGUGUGGAAAAGAUAAUUUUCCAGAAAGAAGGAAACUAUGGAAACAACUGGAAUUACGGACAAGUAACUUUAAAUGAAACAUCUGAUUUUAAGGUUAUCUUUGAUGCCUUUAAAAAGAAUGGUGCCAGUGAUAUUGCCUUGGAUGAUAUUGGCCUAAUGAAGGGAAAAUGUAAUGAAAGUAAUUAUGUAGAACCAACUGCAUUUCCAGUUGUUAUUACUACCCCUUCAGGUCCCAAUGACUGUGGAGGACCAGUUGAACUCUGGGAGCCAAACAGCACGUUCAGCUCUGAAAACUUUCCAAACUAUUAUCCUAAUCAAGCAUCAUGUGUAUGGUACUUAAAUGCCGAAAUAGGGAAGAACAUUCAACUUCAUUUUCAGGUUUUUGAUGUGGAAUAUAUUUAUGAUAUAGUUGAAGUCAGAGAUGGCAGAGGACCAAAUUCUUCACUUUUGGCUGUCUAUACAGGACAAGGCCCAUUGCCAGAUGUCUUCUCUACAAUAAACCAGAUGACAGUAAUCCUUUUUACGGACAAGACUGUAAUGAAGAAAGGAUUUCUUGCAAACUUCACGACUGGCUAUCAUCUAGGAGUGUGUACACUUGAGGAAUAUCAGUGUCAUAGUGGAGAGUGUAUACCAUUGCAUAACCUUUGUGAUAACCUACCUCAGUGUGAAGAUGGCUCUGACGAAGCGAAGUGCAUAAGAUUGCUUAAUGGUUCUUUAAGCACCAAAGGGCUGGUACAAGUCAGGACUGGGGAGACAUGGUACCUGGCAUGUGCAGAUCAUUGGAAUGAACAGAUUUCAGACAGUGUUUGCCACGAGCUGGGAUUAGGGGAUGCAAAUAUGUCAUCAACUGUAUUAUUCACUGGAGAUGGCCCGUUUGCUGACAUCACCAAAGCAGCUAACCAAAGCCUCAUAUUUACAAAAAGAGAACACUGUUUGAACAACCAGGUGAUUCAUCUGCAAUGUAACAUUAAACCUUGUGGACAACGCUUGGUAACUCAGAACAAUCGAACAAGGAUUGUAGGUGGAAGUGAUGCCAGAAGAGAGGCUUGGCCUUGGAUAGUCUCACUACAUUUUAAUUCCAUGCAUCUUUGUGGAGCCUCCCUUGUCAGCGAGGAAUGGCUGGUGACAGCAGCACACUGUGUAUAUGGGAGGCAUUUACAACCAUCUAAAUGGAAGGCAGUUCUUGGCUUGCAUGACCAAUUGAAUAUGACACACCCCUCAACAGUAGUUCGAUACAUCAAUCAAAUAGUUAUAAAUCCUCAUUACAAUAAGCUUACAAAAGACAGUGAUAUUGCUCUGAUGCAUCUUCAGUACAAAGUGCAAUAUACAGACUAUAUACAACCUGUCUGCUUACCAGAAAAAAAUCAAUACUUUUUACCAGGAGUUAACUGCUUCAUUGCUGGCUGGGGUGAUACUACAGGAGGAGGUUCCACUGCAAAUAUAUUGCAAGAAGCAGAGGUCCCUCUCAUGACCAAUGACCAAUGCCAGCAAUGGAUGCCAGAAUAUAGUAUUACUGAGAAUAUGAUCUGUGCAGGCUAUGACAUGGGAGGAAUAGAUUCCUGUCAGGGAGAUUCAGGAGGCCCUCUGAUGUUUGAAGAUGGUAACAAGUGGGUUUUGGUAGGUGUAACAUCAUUUGGCUAUAAGUGUGGACUUCCCAAACGACCAGGAGUGUAUGCUCGAGUCACCAUGUUUGUGGAUUGGAUACAAAAUACCAUCUAUUACCUUGAUAUUUUUUAAUGGUAGAAAUUGAAUUUAAAGGUUGAAAGUAAGCCUGUGUAAUAAUGCAAAACAGACUAGCAUUCAAAACUCACAAUUAGAGAAACUGAAAAGGUAUAAUUCAAAAUACAGUCUGGAUUUAAAUUUAGGGAAGCAAAUAUUAAUAAUUGAAAAUUAUUUAUAAAAAGUUG